AUUUAGAUAACAUUCCUUAUCCAAAGUCAACGUAAACUUGACCUUUAUUAACUACAAUUGUAAUCUUGUUAUCAACCAGCAUCAUAUUAAAUGUUUCCGUUGUAAGCGAGCGGUUUAACUAUUUAAUUUAUUUUAUUGAACUCAAGGUAACCGACCAGUGAACACGUAUUUACGCCGCGAGAAGACUGGUGGAAAGAUUUGAAUAUGUGGUCAAAAACAGUGGGUCCUGUGGUACAAAAUGCCAUAAGAACUGGAAGCAUCAGAACCUACAUAAAAGGCGAACCCAACGAACCCGUGGUAAAAACAGACAUUCCAGGUCCCAAAACCAAACAACUACAAAAUGAACUUAACUCCAUCCAGCUUUCAGGAGCCGUCCAACUCUUCGCCGACUACAACAAAUCUCUCGGCAACUACCUCGUCGACGUCGACUCCAAUGUCAUCCUGGACACCUUCACCCAAAUUUCGUCCAUACCCAUAGGUUACAACCACCCAGAACUCCUCAAAGUGUUCACCGACCAAGACAAUCUGAAAGCUUUAGUCAACAGACCCGCGCUGGGCGUCUUCCCCGGCGACUACUGGCCCGGCAAACUCCGCAACGUCCUCCUCUCCGUGUCCCCCAACCUCCCCAACGUAACCACCAUGAUGUGCGGCUCCUGCUCCAACGAAAACGCCUACAAAGCCCUGUUUUUGACGUACCGGCGCAAACAACGAGGCGAAAACGUGGACUUCACAGAGCUCGAGACGCAAAGUUGUAUGGUGAACCAGCCACCAGGAGCGCCCGAUUUGUCGCUGAUGUCGUUCCAUGGGGCGUUUCACGGGAGAACGUUCGCUGCUUUGGCCACCACACAUUCCAAACCCAUUCAUAAGCUAGACGUGCCUUCGUUUGACUGGCCGGUGGCUUCAUUCCCCAAAUAUAAGUAUCCGUUGGAGGAGAACGUCCGCGAGAACGACGCAGAGGAUAAAAGAUGUCUGGCGAUUGUAGAGGAUUUGAUUGAAACGUACAAGAAAAAAGGAAAACCGGUGGCCGGGAUUGUCAUAGAGCCGAUACAGUCUGAAGGUGGCGAUAACGAAGCGUCUCCAUUCUUCUUCCAACAACUACAGAAAAUCGCGCAGAAGAACGGAGCGGGGUAUUUGAUAGAUGAGGUGCAGACGGGUUGUGGAGCGACUGGGAAGUUCUGGGCUCAUGAGCACUUUAACUUGGAGACUACGCCAGACAUUGUCACUUUUAGUAAGAAGAUGUUGACGGGAGGGUUCUUCCAUACGGUUGACAUGAGGCCGAGUCAGCCCUACAGGAUUUUUAACACGUGGAUGGGAGAUCCGGGGAAGAUUGCCCUCUUGGAGGCGGUUCUGAAGGUUAUCAAGCAAGAUAAGCUAUUGGAUAAUGUUAAUAAAGUAGGAGAUAAGCUGAAGAAAGGGUUACUGGGUUUGGAGAAGGAAUUUCCCCAAUUGUUGAGUGCGACCAGAGGGCGAGGCACGUUUUUGGCCACGAAUGUGGCGACGCCGAAGCUGAGGGACGAUAUCAUAGCCCAGAUGAAGAAAAAAGGAGUGUUAAUGGGUGGCUGCGGGGACAAUGCGUUGCGGCUUAGGCCAAGUUUAAUAUUCCAGGAGCGUCACGCCGACAUCUUUUUGGACCGUUUCAGGAGCGUAUUGAAAGAAAAUUGACGAUGUUUCGUUGUACAAUAAAGCGUUUAAUGGU